GAAUUGCCUAGCAAUUUAUUCACAAAAUCAGGUGUAUUUUCUAGUUGCUAGGCAAUUUGCCUAAUUUACGGGGAAAGGUUAUUUACAAGAACAAGUCAAAUGCUCUCACCUUCUCGUGGGUGUAUUUAGGGCCUUGCUCGUGGGGGUGCUUUCGGCGUUUGCGUUUUUAGUUGCUUCAGUUCAACUUUAGUUGGUCAAUUCAAUAGUUGGUAACAAAUCAAAAUAUAGCAACGAAUCGGCCUAGGAAUGAAUUAGUUUCAGGGUGUUGUUGUUUUAGUUGCCAAAGCCAAGUUCUCUCAUAUUUGGUGAUCCUGCUUCUGUGGACAGAGGAGAGUGCAGUUGUCCAUUUGCAUUGUCGUGGCGCAAUCAAAACAAAUAAUGAAGCAUUUAGAGUGCAAGAAUCUUCAAGAUUACUUAAAAACACUUAAUCCAGAUGUUAUCGAUCAACUGUACAGUCAUCCUGCUUCAUGCUUAGCAGUUUUCAGGGAAGUUCCAAAGCUUGGGCAACUGCUUAUUAUGAGGCUUCUCUUUGUUGAGCAGCCAGUGCCAAAAGCUGUUACAACCUCCUGGGUUGAUACAACACAUGCAAAGGAGGUGACGGAGGUGGCCCAGACGCUGAUCCAGCUCCGCAUCUGGCACGAGGUCCAGCUGCCCGGAGGACUGCCCGGCUGGGUCCUCAAUGACGUGUUCAGGAAGAACGUCCGCGUCUGCAUGCUGGAAGGCGGUGUAAGUCAGGGUCUGCGCGCGUGCACCACGCCGGACCCGAACCAGCGCUCGGUGGAGGCGCUGGACACGUACUCGCUGGAGCGCUGGGAGUGCGUGCUGCACUAUAUGGUGGGCUCGUCGCAGCAGGAGGGCAUCGCCAUGGACGCCGUCCGUCUGCUGCUCCACUCGGGACUGAUGAAAACGGACGGCGACGACCCUCAGCCGGUGAUCACGCGCCAGGGGUUCCAGUUUCUGCUGAUGGAGACGGGUGCCCAGGUGUGGUACCUGCUGCUGCAGUACCUGGACACGUGCCACUACCACGGCCUCAGCCAGGUCGAGUGCCUCACCUUCCUGCUGCAGCUCGGAUUCUCCAAACUGGGCUGCGAUUACGUGACUGACGGCAUGUCGGAGCAGCAGUUGACCUUCCUGCAGCACCUGCGAGAGUUCGGACUCGUCUACCAGCGAAAGCGGAGUUCGGGCCGGUUCUACCCGACCCGGCUGGCGCUGGACCUGUCCGCCGGCUCCCGGCGCCGUCUGGCCAUACAGAGCCAGGGCUUCCUCGUCGUGGAGACCAACUACCGCGUGUACGCGUACGGCGCCUCCGACCUGCAGGUCGCCCUGGUCGGCCUCUUCUGUGAGAUGGUCUACCGACUGCCGAACCUCUCCGUGGCGAUCCUGACGCGCGACUCGGUGAGACAGGCGCUCCGGUCGGGCAUCACGGCCGACCAGAUCAUCGCCUUCCUUCGGAUGCACGCUCAUGCCGAGAUGAAGAAGCAGGACCCGCUGCUGCCCGGCACGGUGGUCGACCAGAUUAAACUGUGGGAGAUCGAGCGCAAUCGGUUCACAUUCGCCGAGGGGGUGCUGUACAACCAGUUUCUGGCGCAGGCGGACUUUGAGAUGCUGCGGAACUAUGCGCGCGAUAUGGGCUGUCUCACGUGGGAGAGUCCCGAGAAACGCGUGAUGGUGGUGACCAAGGAGGGCCAUGACGAUGUGAAGCGGUACUGGCGAAGGUACGGACGGGGUAACAACUAGUGAAUGGAGUAGGACCCGUAACAGUGAACCUGCUGAACUCUGUGCCGUACCGCGCAAGUGGAGUGAUGGGACCGGUGACCGGUAACUCCAAAAAGGUCGGCGUCCGGGCAACCAUGACCCUAGUGGUGCCUUCGUGAAGUGUAAUGUUUUCCUCACUGACGAGGCAGUGAUAUUGAUCUGUUGUUUGCAUCGUUUGUGUGUUUUUGUACGUUGUUUGUGUACAAAACUGGCAUUGUCCGGUUUCGUUCAUAUGUAUUUUCAGAGUGGCAUGUCUCAUCACACCAGCAUUGCGUUCUGGGGCCGAACAAGUGCAAAUGCAUUGACGACUGUGUA